CCCAAGUCUCUCAGGUCAAUGUCACUCUCAACGAUGCCAACAAACGACCAUUACAGUCCAAAGUAACCUUGAAACUGUCCUAUACCCCACCGGCUGGUCAGCAGGCAACUAUGGAAGGAGAACAACAAACAUCAGCUGAAACAGGCAUUGUAGUAGAACAGCCAGAAGAUGAUGAGGAAGAGGAAGAAGAAUUAGACGGAGAUGAUGGAGGAGAUGUGGCUGAUGGAGGUUCUGGAAAACGUAAACGCCGAAAGCGCAAGCUUGGCAAAAGGAAAAUACGUGGCAGACUCUCAAACAAGCCACAAGACUUUCAGAUCCGUAUCCGAGUUCUGGAAGCACGGCAGCUUCAAGGGGCCAAUAUUCAGCCUGUUUCCAGGGUAACAGUUUGGAAUCAGACUAAACAGACGAGGAUCAAGAAGUCGACAAACAGCCCGUUCUGGAAUGAAGUGUUCUUCUUCAAUUUCAACACCUCACCUGCAGAACUCUUUGAUGAGCUCAUUGAGUUCCAGGUCUUCAACUCCAGGAGGCUGAGAUCUGAUGCAUUGAUAGGUUCAUUUAAGUGUGAUAUUGGAAUGGUGUAUGAUGAACAGCAACAUUCGUUCAUCAACAAGUGGUUGCUGCUCAGUGACCCAGAAGACAAUAUGGCCGGAGCUAAAGGUUACCUGAAGAUCUGUGCCACAGUGCUGGGACCAGGUGAUGAAGCACCGAGUAUAAAACAAGCCACGCAGGAUGACUCUGAAGAUAUUGAGUCCAAUUUGCUGCGUCCAGCAGGCGUCCAGCUUCGCCCAGCUACCUUUACCCUGAAGCUGUACAGAGCUGAGGACAUUCCAAGAAUGGACACUGCCUUCUUUGAAGGGAUGAAAAAAGUAUUGAGUAUAGGAGAGGAGCAGAAGGAGCUGGUAGAUCCAUACUUUGUCUUCUCCUUUGCUGGCAAAGAGGUGAGGUCUAAAAUCAUGUACGGUAAUGAUCAUCCGGAGUGGAACCAGGAGUUACGCUUAGGCCUCAGGUUUCCUUCAAUGUGUGAACGGAUUAAGUUCAUAGUUAGAGAUUGGGACAGACUAACAGAUGAUGAUACGAUUGGGACUUACCAACUGCCCCUCUCCUUAAUCUCUUCCUCGGGCAACUCCGAAGAAGAUGAGGGUUUCCUACCGACGUUUGGUCCAUGUUUCAUUAAUUUUUACGGGUCAACCAGAGAGUACUCGGACUUACCUGAUGAAUAUGACGACCUCAAUCUUGGAAAGGGAGAAGGUGUGGCAUUCCGUGGGCGGGCACUGCUGGAGCUGACCACAAAGCUUGGGGAUUUCCCUGAGGAGGAGACAGCAGACAUUGACAGUGAUGACAUUCUUCGUGUCCAGAAAUUCAUGAGACGACGCAAAUACAGAUUGCAUGCAGCAUUUCUCAAUGCUACCAUGGUUAGCUCCAUAGAUGCUCCUGUGGAGUUUGAAAUCAGCAUUGGUAACUAUGGUAACAAACUCGACGAGAAUGUGCCGCCCUGUUCCUCAACAACUCAGCCAACCAAUGCAGUGUUUGACGGGUGUUAUUACUACUUCUUGCCGUGGGGAGAGACAAAGCCGUGUGUGGUGGUGGAUUGUCACUGGGAGGAUAUCAGCUUCAGGCUGGAGGCCCUCAACAUCCUGCUCAAGAUUGUCGACAAUCUUGAAGCUAAUAUUGAGCGUGUGAGAAUUGGGAUGAAGGCCAAUCUUCCUGCCCCAGAGAUAGCCCAGCUCCUCAUCUCUCUCCUCGACCAGCUGGUCGCUGAGUGCAGCAAACCUCUGCCUAAAGUAAAAUCUGGCACACAUACAUCAAAUGACCUGGACCUGAAGUUAGCCGAGUACAGAAAGAACGAGAUGUCUGGCUUAGUGAGCCAGGCUAAGAAGCUACGAGACACUGCCAGGGACAUCCACGAGGCCCUGUCAGAAGUAGAGACUUACCUGCAAACAUUAAUGAACAUGGCUCAAGAGCCCCAGAACAGUAUGCCUGAUGUUGUGAUCUGGAUGAUCAGCGGAGAGAAGCGACUGGCUUACUUCAGGAUACCUGCCUACGAAGUGCUCUACGCCUCAAAUGCUGCCAACAGAGGGCGCCACUGUGGGAGGAUUCAGACAGUUCAGCUGAAGUUCCCUGGAUCUAAAGCUAAGGAGAAGGAUGACACAGUUCCCGCCUUGGUCCGUCUGAAGCUCUGGCUGGGUCUACAGGACCAAGAGGCUGAGUGGCACAAGAUGCAGUCAGAGGGAGAGCUGGCGGUCUUUGCUGAAACGUAUGAGAACCAGGUGAACAUCUUGGGAGCAUGGACAAACAAGGGACCAACCAUGACAAGGCCAAAGUGGUCUGACUCCUUGGGCAAGGUAAGCAUUCCACAGGAAGCAUUCGAUCCUCCUCCAGGCUGGAGGUGGGACAGUGAUUGGUACAUCAGCCCAGAGCUCAGCAUGUUGUUUGACCGUGAUGCAGGUCACCGUACCUUCCUUGAUGAUGUGUAUGAAUGUCAGUCCCGAAUCCCAGCAGGAAACUGGGGACCUGCAAGCCGACCAUGGGCAGAUGUGAAAGGAGACCCCCUGCCUUCCAGGAUGGACUUUCAGCUGCCAGAAGGCUGGAAGUGGGAUGAUGACUGGCAGCCUGAUCUCAACAGAGCUGUAGACGAAGAAGGUUGGGAGUACUGUGUGGAGGCGACAGUUGGUGGUUAUGGGCCUGUUGAGAAAACCUACCACCUGUGUCGCCGACGCCGAUGGAUGCGCCCACGGACAAUGGUUUUGGACAAGAAGAAACAGGCACUGCAGGCGAAACAGACACAGGCUCAGGCUGAGGGAUGGGAGUAUGCCCCGCUCUUCAACAUGAAGUUUCACGCCAACGAACGUAAGAUGGACCUGGUGAGGCGCAGACGCUGGCACAGGAAAAUGGUGGCUGAGACGCCAGGCGCUCCAUGCUACUUCAGGCUUGGAGAGGGAGAGCCAAAAGAGGGUGAAGAAAGCAAAACUUCUAUGGCAGCUCCUAGGAUGUUCCUUACUUUCUCCAAGUCAUACAAGUACCAGCUGAGAGCAUACAUCUACCAGGCUCGUAACCUGUUGGCGGGUGACAAUACGGGGCUCUCAGAUCCCUUUGCUCGUGUGUCUUUCCUCACCCAGAGUAUGGUGACGGAGAAGGUAGAGAAGACCCUCUGCCCGACGUGGGAUCAGACCCUCAUCUUUGAGGAGAUCCAGAUAUACGGGGACCCCAGGACCCUGGAGGCCAGUCCCCCAGACAUCUUCCUUGAGAUCUUUGACCAUGAUACAUUUGGAGCUGCUGAGUUCUUGGGCCGAACUAAGGCGCCCCCUAUGGUGAAACUUGAUCCAGGUGAUGCAAGAACGCCCGUGUUGCAGUGGUUUCCUAUUAUACGUGACAACAAUGAGGCCGGAGAGAUGCUGGCAGCUUUUGAGCUACUGAAGAUACCAGAAAGGGCAACCAAGACCAAAACUGUCCACCAAAUGAUGGAUGGCAAAGAACUGCCCUUCCAGCCUCCCAAGAGGGGAAAACUCUUCAUUGUGCCAAAUGGGAUCCGCCCAGUGAUGCAGAGGACAGGCAUAGAGAUUCUGUGCUGGGGCGUGAGAAACAUGAGGAAAUUUCAGCUGUCAGCAGUUACCUCCCCUAGCAUUGAGUUUGAGUGUGGUGGCCACAUGCUCAACUCCAAAGUCAUCAAGAACACUAAGAAGAACCCCAACUUUGAGGAUCCACUGCUUUUCUUUGAUGUGAUGCUUCCCAAAGAAGAACUGUACAUGCCACCAAUGAACGUGAAAGUGAGAGACCACCGUCAGUUUGGUCGUAAACCCACCGUGGGAAUACACAUUCUCAAGACCAUGGAGCCAUUCCGGUGUAGCCCGGUUGCAAGUAUUGAAGAGCUGGAUGAAUCCCAAGGUGUUGUGAUGACCAGUGGACCAAAUGGGGAUGCCAUUAUUGACAUGCCAACAGAAGACAAGCCAGCCAAGACUGAAGGUCGUAGUUUCCUGGGUAAGAAGUUGGCCUUCCCUCAACUGGAAAUUCCUAUCCCAUCUGGAAAAAAAUCUGAAGAAGAGGAGAAAGAUCUGCUUGAAGUAGAGCUUGACUGGUGGUCGAAGUACUACGCAUCAACAGGAGAAGUGAAAAAGUGCAAGAAAUAUGUGGAAAAGGGCUAUGACAAGUUGAAGAUCUAUGACAAAGAAUUGGAGAAAGUGGCGCCAUACGAAGAAUUUUCAGAUUUCUGUCACAGCUUUGAGCUGAACAGAGGAAAAGAUAUAGAAGAUGAGGAAUCUAACGUUGUUGGAGAAUUUAAGGGCAGUUUCCGGGUGUACCCAUUACCCCAGGACCCCAAUGAUCCACUGCCCAGGAAGAUCCUGGACAACCUUCCACCCAGUGCCCCAGAGGAGUGUGUAGUCCGCUUGUACGUCAUAAAGGCUACUGACCUUCAGCCCAACGACCCCAGUGGUUUGGCGGAUCCCUACAUCGUGGUGACUCUUGGAGGAAAGAAAGAGAACAGCAGAGACGAAUAUGUACCAAACAGUGUCAACCCAGUAUUUGGAAAGUUCUUUGAGAUGACCACUACUCUACCUGUGAACAAAGAUCUCAACAUUAAGAUCAAGGACUAUGACUUGAUCAGCACAGACGACGUUAUCGGGGAGACAACAAUAGAUCUGGAGAACCGUUACCUGUCCAAGUACAGAGCCUGUUGUGGUUUGCCACAGAGCUACUGCACAUCUGGUGUGAAUCAGUGGAGAGACAGCAGAAAACCCAAAGAGUUGUUAGAAGAUUACUGCUUGAAAAACCACCUCUCAGGCCCUAUGUUCUAUGGAAACAAUGGUGUCAAAGUUGGCAAUAAAGUGUACAACUUGGCUGAUUACGAGGAGGAUGCUGACGAUUCACAGGACAUAGAGAUUACCAUGGCAACCCACAGAUCUUCUCGUCUGACCAAUCACAGACAGAGCCUUGUCAACAUGUGGCCCUUAGAUGGCCUAUUUAACUCGCAGCAGGUAAAAAGUGACUCACCUCAUUUAGGGCCUGCUGAGGAACGUUUGGCCCUGCAUGUGCUGCGGACCUUCCCAUUGGUCAAAGAGCAUGUGGAGACACGCCCACUUUUCACUGAGAUUCAGCCUGGAAUUGAACAGGGCAAACUGCAAAUGUGGGUGGACAUCUUCCCCAAGUCUCUGGGCCCACCUGGGCCUCCUUUUAACAUUGAGCCACGUAAAUCUAAGGGAUAUGAACUUCGCUGUGUCAUCUGGAACACUGUUGAUGUGAUCUUGGAGGAGGAGUCUAUCACAGGGGAGAAAAUGAGUGACAUCUACGUCAAGGGCUGGCUUGCUGGACUGGAUGAGAAACAGGAGACUGAUAUUCACUAUAGAUCUCUGGACGGGGAGGGGAACUUCAACUGGAGAUUUGUCUUCCCCUUUCAGUAUCUUCCUGCUGAGGAAUGUAUGGUCAUCAAGAAAAAGGAGCACUUCUGGAGCCUGGAUGAGACAGAGCAGAGAGUGUCACCUGUCUUCAUGGUCCAGAUCUGGGACAAUGACAAGUUCUCAGCUGAUGAUUUUUUAGGUACUCUUGAACUAAACCUGAAUGGGAUGGCAGCACCGGCCAAAAAGGCCCGGAACUGUAAGUUGUCCCAGCUGCCUGACAUUUCCACUGGAAGCAAGGUGAAGACUGUGUCUCUGUUUGAGCAGAAGAGGAUCCGUGGCUUCUGGCCAUGCUACAAUGAUGAGACGGGUGAACGGGUGCUGACGGGCAAAGUGGAAAUGGAGAUAGAGAUUGUGGCAGAAGAAGAUGUUGAGUCGAAACCUGCAGGUUUGGGACGGGAUGAGCCCAACAUGAACCCAGUGUUAGACCCACCAAAGCGACCAGAGACCUCAUUCAUGUGGUUCACCUCACCAUUCAAGACCCUGAAGUACAUCAUCUGGAGGAACUACAAGUGGUACAUCAUCAGCGGCCUCAUCAUCCUCAUCAUUGCCCUGCUUAUCGUCAUAUUUGUCUACUCUCUUCCGAAUGAACUGGCUGGGAAGUUGGUGAAUUGGUAAAGCCAGUUGGGCAGCACUUUCAUCUGAGCACCAAAGUUUUCUCCCCUCUCUCAAGAACUCUCCCAUCAAGGAGACUGAAAGCGCGUCGUCACUACUAUCUACUGAAGAUAGGCGAUUUUCUGGCCACAAAACCCUGGAAUUUAUUGGCAUACUUUUAUUUUGUGUGAUUUGGCAAUUUUCUCCCAUCACUGUUUUUUGUUUAAUCCUCACGUCCCCAGAACUGGAUCAAAUGCUCUUUGCACAGAGCAAAGCUAAAUAUUCCAUUUCAUGGACUAAAGAUCAAAUGCUUCUUUGCAUAGCCUGUGGAUCAAAUGCUCCCAUGUACUGAGUGAUGAUCAAAUGCUCCCUUGCACUGAGUGAUGAUCAAAUGCUUCCUUGCGUAGCCUAUAGAUCAAAUGCUCCCUUGCACUGAGUGAAGAUCAAAUGCUCCCUUGCACGGAGUGAAAAUCAAAUGCUCUCUUGCACGGAGUGAAGAUCAAAUGCUCCCUUUCACUGACUGAAGAUCAAAUGCUCUCUUGCAAUGAGUGAGGACUGAAUGCUCCCUUGCAUAGACUGAAAGACUGAAAGCUCCCUUGCAUACUCUGAUGAUCAAAUUCUCCCUUGAGUAGACUGAAGAUCAAAUUCUCCCUUGCACAGGGUGAAGAUCAAAUUAUGCUCCUUAGCACAAAGUGAAAUCAAGUCGGAUAGCAAAUUCCUUGCAUACCACAAGGACAUUUUCCGUUGCACUUACCAGAAUCCCUUGGUACUUAUCAAAAACUUUAGCACUUAUCAAAAUCCCUUGGCACUUAACCUAAAAUCUUGGCACUUAUCAAAUUCUGAUUGCGCAAAUAAAGAGCAAAAACCAGUUUUUGUUUCCCCCUGCACUGCGUCUUAUUUUGUACCUCCCAUGAUAGGAUUGCAAUUCAUGUUGCUGCACCAUCUUGCACCAAAGUUUUGUUUUAUCAUCGUCGUGCAGCCUGCUGCCUGUUGUCUAGUGGCGCUGAUAAUCAUUCCAGAAUUAGUACUUGACGAUGUCCUUAUUAUUCAUUCCAGGGAGCUUUGGCCGGAGAGGUUGUUAAUAUAUUUUAGGUCCAUGCGGAAAGCACCCUGCAGUGUUGGGAUUGUUUAUUGUUCAGAAAGAUACCUUGAGAGAAAGAAGAUGCUCACAGGAUGAGUGAUCAUUUUGUGGGGUUUUUUU